AUGCCGCCUGCCCGCAGCCGCCUGGGGCUCCUGCUCCUCGGGGCGCUCCUCACCCUCGCCCUCUACCUCCUGCUCCCAGCCGCCCAGCACGAGCAGCCCUUGGCGGGCACCCGACCUGACAAGGGGCAGCGGGGCCGGUGGGCGGCCAACGCCACUGCGCGAAUGGGGAUGGCUGUGGGAGACCCCCCUGUCUUCUACAGGGAGGUUUCCGCAGGGCCUCAGGCCAGUGGCACCACCAGCCCUGGGAGGCCUGAUGUCCUGUUCCUGCAUGGCCGGGCGUUCACCUCCAAGACGUGGGAGGCCUUGGGCACACUGGCACUGCUCGCCGGAGAAGGCUACCGUGCGGUCGCAAUAGAUCUGCCCGGCUAUGGGGAUUCGCCCCCAGUGGAGAUGGUGGCCACGGCACAGGGCCGGGUGGCUUUCCUGGACCAUGUCCUCCAGGAGCUGGGCAUGCGGAGGCCCGUUCUCAUCAGCCCCUCCAUGAGUGGCCGCUUUGCCCUGCCCUUUCUCCUGGCGCGGGGGGACCAGCUGGCCGGCUUCGUGCCCAUUGCACCUGUGGGCACCAAGGACUACGCUGCUGAGCAGUACCAGCGGGUCCAGACGCCCACCCUGAUCCUGUACGGUGACCGUGACACAAGCCUGGGUCCCCAGGCCCUGCAGAGUCUCCGGCACCUCCCCAGGCACCAUGUGGCCGUG